CGGACACCCUGGCGCUCCGCAGGGGCGCGAUGAGCGCGGUGGACUGCACGGCGGGGGCUCCGCGCUGCGCAAGGCUGCCAACCCCCCGUGCCUCUUCCAGAUCUGCUGAGUCCCACUCUCCAAGCCAGGAGGACUUGAUUUCUCUCCCAUCAGUCAGUGAGCGCUUGGCCCAUCUUAACCCUUCCCAGGAGCUCCUGGAAUAUUACCGCAAGAAGAUUGCUGACUUCGAUGAGGAACACGAGGAGCUGAUAAAAAGGCUGGAGAAAUACAAGCAAACCUAUGAUGAGCAGCACCAGUUGCAGUGGGAAGUCCGCCACUUGGAAGAGGAGAUUGCAGAGCUGCAGAAGGCUUUGAGUGAUAUGCAGGUGUUCCUCUUCCAGGAGAAGGAGCAAGUCCUCCGCCUGUACUCGGAGAAUGACCGGCUGAAACUCAGGGAAUUGGAGGACAGAAAAAAAAUCCAACAACUCCUGGCUGUACUGGGAGCAGAUGCAGGAGAAGUUACAUACUUUCAUAAGGAGCCUCCACAUAAGGUUACUGUUCUGCAAAGGCCAGCAGAGACCCAGGAAGGAGAUGAUGUUUCUAGCACAGUAGGCACGGAGAAGAGCACUUCAAAACUAACAGCCAAAGGAGAGAAAACAGGAAGUUCUGAGAGAUAUCAAAAACAUGAUGAAACACUUCUACUACAGGUGAAGGCUCUGCAAGCUCAGCUGGAAGAACAGACACGAUUAACCAAGGAACAGGUUGAGGCACUUCUCGAGGACAGGAGGAUUCAGAUGGAGGAGGCUGAGGUCCGGCAUCGGAGGGACCAGGACAAGAUAAAAGCUAUAACAGAAAAGCUCCACAAAACCCAAAAUCUCUUAUAUGAGAGUACCCGUGACUUUCUGCAGCUCAAGUUUAAUACCAGAGCCAAUGAGAAAGCAUGGAUGGCAGAGAAGGAUAGUCUGUUGAGGAAACUGGCCAAAGAUCUGGAUCACCUUGUUUUCAGCACAGAGUCAGGAAAAAAGAAGCAGAAAGAGCUGAAGAAGAUGAUUCAAGAAAAUGAUGGAGCUUCAAAACUCCAGAGCAGAGAAGUAAAGUUCCUGCAAGACAAGCUAACUCAGGAAAAGCACCUGUCACACAUGUACAGAGAGCAGUGUGUCUCCCUGGAAGGGGAGGUGGCUAGGAUCCGUGAGGAGAGAGAUGCUGGCAAAGAACUCUUUAAGGAUCGCUCAGAGAAGAUGAUGAAGCGCCUGAAACUGGUGACUCAGCGAUGUGAAGCCUUGGAAAAACGUCGGAGUAUGGAAGUAGAGGGCUUCAAGAAUGAUGUUAAACAGCUGCAGCAGAGACUGAAAAAUGUAGAGAAGCAGAUUUAUAAGGUGGCUUUGCAUUUGGGACCAGACCAGGAUCUUGCAAUUCUACGUGAGGUCCGCCAAGGAAACAGGCUAACGCGUAAAAUUCAAGGAGAACUAAAAGACUUAAAAACAAAAAUUUACAUCUUAGAAGAUGAACUACGGCACUGCUGAAGCUGAAUUAUUAUCUGGCAUCCUGAUUUUAGGAAUAGGACAUUGCUAGGCUUGACUAGUCACACGCAAGAACAGCUCCUGCUCGUUUGUUUCCUGGCACCCAUUGACAGAAGGUUGAGGAAAGCUGCAGUUCAUGUCAUAAGUCUACAAGAGCCAUUCCUAGUGUACCAGAUUAUAUUGCUGUUUGAGCUGAGAUGGCACCUGAUAAAACUGACUUUAAAAGUACCUGAUGACUGAUCCAUCAGGAGUGUGUGUAUGCCUAUGUCUUUGUGCUAGGGAUCAGUGUAUACUGUCCUUUGCCUUUAUUUGGGGCAUAUUAUAAAUCACAUACAUGAUUGUAAUGAAAUUAUUAACCAUAGAAGGAUCUACUUGAGGAUCUGAAUUUUGGCUGACAUUUUCCUAUGUGAGAAGCAGCUUUUAAAAUAGUUUAUAUAAUUACUGUUUUGAUGCUUAGCACCUCAGGAUGUAACUGGAAAUUCUCAUAUAGAAAGUCUGUACUAAAAUGUCUUACAUUUGACUCCUGGACAGGAUAACUUUUAAAAUGGCUCCAGUUUGCUUGGUUUUAACCUAAUUGGAACAAACCUAACUGAUUUAAUAUGGUGGGAAAAGAUAACCCUUUAUAGAACUCUUCUUCAAGGAUGAGCAACAUUUACAUGAGUUCUGAAUGCUUGGUGGGGAGAGAGGUACUACACAACUGAAAUUCAUCUUUCCUUCCCCUUCCUCAAGGUUUCUUUAACACACAGAGGAAACCCUUAACAAGGGGGUCUCAUAUCUUCCUUAACCACCCUAUUGUCUUUGUAGCUCUAAACAAGAUCAUGGUUUUAUGCAGAGAAAUCAUUCAGCUUUUGCUGCAGCAGUUACUGCUACUGAGCUGUAACAAACUGGACUGGAAGAGCAGGUGCCCAGUUGUUACUUGAGAGCUGUAACUGCUGUAGCAAAAGCUGUAGUGUCAGCAAAUCUUGUCCACCUUGCAGCCUGAGAGCAGAUCUGUAGUGGAGAAGGGAUUUCAAUGCCUGUUUCCUCCUUUACCUUUUUUUACCUCGUUUCUGAAGUAUACACCACAGAGGCUACUAGCACUUCCUGUCCCUUUGGGAAGAACUUAGUGUGUGAAAGCAGAUAAUUUCUUCUGGGUGUGGAAGUGGCUGUGCAGAUCCUCAUUCAGUGUUUCAGGUAGGUAUGGAAAAGAUGGAUGUUUAUGUGCUGUGAAGGUUUGGAGAAGGAAGAAUUGUUUUUAUAGCAUGAGCUAAAGCAAUGCAGGAGGGGAAAUGCCCUUAAGAUGUCCAUACCCACUUCAGUUGUCUUAACCUUUUUGUGACAAGCCUGCUAUCCCUUCUGGUCCUGUACUGUGACUUUUAUUCUGUAUGUGCUCUCCAGGGCAGUUGAUCACAGACUUCAGUGGGAGUGGCUGAGUCUGUCCCUGGGUGCUCAACUGCUCUGCAGCUUGCAAGGGGCUUUUUAAAGGAAGCUUCACUGAUCAGUUGAGCUGAAAACACUGAACUGUUCAGAAAUGGACAGCUCAGGUAAGGAAGGGGAUUUAAUCCAUUAUCCAGUCUCACUGUCUCCUAACUGGCUGGUACUUAGAGAAAUCAAGCUAAUUAAAGUGAGUUCAUCUGUGAAAUAACAUACUACAGGUUUGAAGGUAAGAGAUCAAUCCUGUCACAGGGCCUAAAAGGCUGCUUCUGAAAAUUGCUGUAUAAUAAAGCCUUAGCCACUCAUUCAGCAGGGUCCAUCUACUUAAAUUCAGCUGAUGGGAACUUAGCAGCAAGGUCUCAAACCUAUAGAAUCCUGUUUAUUUUCAACUCUUCCAAGUUAAAAAAUUGCCUGUGAAAUGUCAUUUUCCUCACUUGAAAGCCAUGAAGUUUAUCUGGGUAAAGACUUCAAGCUUUGGCAUUCAGGUUUGUAAGACUGGGAGGAAGUACUGGGGGAAGAAGGAUGUAAAUGUUUAAUUUCCUGUCUUCCUUACCAAUAUUCUUUAGACUUCAGAAAGACUGGACAGACUAAAAUGACAACAUUCCUAAUAUAUCUGCUAGUGUAUCAAAAUCAAAGUGAAGUUUGAACAUGAUUCUU